CCAGCUCCAGCUCCAGCUCCAGCUCCUGCUCCUGCUCCUCUCCCAGAGCUCACAGCACCAUGAAGGUCCUGGCAGCCACUCUGGUCACUCUGCUCCUCCUGGCCACCUGCUCCCCAUCUGAAGGUCACCUUGAUGGUGUCCCCAGCAGCUGCUGCUUCAGCUACCAGAAGCAGCCCAUCCCUCGGCGCCGUGUCAGCUCCGUGUUCGUCACCAGCAGCUCCUGCACCCAGCCGGGCGUGAUUGUGAUCACUGUGAAGGAGAGGCAGGUGUGUGCAGAUCCACGGGCACCAUGGGUGCAGGAGCUCCUGAAGCACUUCCAGGGCCUGCAGAACUGAACCUUUCCUGCUGACAGCCACACCCUGCACAACAGAGAGGAUUUGACCCCUAGCCUUCUUCAA